GGACGCCGACGACGCGUCUCUUCGUCUCGGCCUUUCUUUCUUCUCUCUCAUCUCAUCCCAUCCAUACACACUCUGGAUGAACAAUCGCACGCCCUUCCCCCUCUUCUUGCCCUCCUGGCGCUGAGAACUGUCUAUUUGGCCUAUGGCGCCGCUCUGUUCUACACUACCCAUACGUAGUCUACGACAUACGCUUUCCUGAAGAGCUAUCUCCUCCCCAGACUGUAUACCGUCCCGCCUCCACUUGAUCCGCCACCAACCUCCCCGCACCCGCCAUCGUCGGCUCUACCAAAUUCCCCUUCACCCACCGAACCAACGUGCUUGACGGAGACGCUGUCAUGGUACCCAACGGAUGGGAUAGCUGGGGCAAGAUCAGUGUUCUGAGAGAUGGUUUCGACCCCGCACUGGUGGCGAAGGGUUCGAAAGUCCGCUUGAGCAGGUAUAUUGCCCAGUCUGCGGGUCAAGAGCCUGAAGAGGAUGACGGAGAACCUCUUGAAGAGUUCUGGCAGGCGCUUCUUCCCUCCUUCGCGUCUCCUCCCCCGCAAUCUCCUGCCAACCUUACGACAGUCACCGAGCCCUCCCAGAUUUUUCUCUCCCGCCAACUCGACCUCAUGAAAGACCACAACCGAGACCGCCGCCAAUCUUUCCGCCACGCCGCGUCCGCCACCUCACCCUCCAACGUUCCCUCUGCUUCCAACCCCGGCACGGGUGGGUUCAACAAUACCGCCGUGGGGCCUAUGGGCGGUGCUACCGAGGAUUUAAGCUUGCCCGGUGUUGAGAAGGUCAUGCAGGAGAUGGAAGGUCUGAUUGGAGAGAGAGAUGAUGCGAAGGAAGGAGAAUUGAAGGACAUGUUUGCGAGGCUGGGGAGGUAGGGUAGGAAAGUUUCGCCGGGGACGCCGGCACCUGCUAUGUCUAACGAAGCGUUGCACAACUUUUUCCAGGGCUUGCUGGCGAACAGGGGCAAGACGGGGGUAGUGCUGCAGGGACUACUACGAAGGGAACCAGUGCUGAAGGGGCGGGGGAGGGCAAGUAGGCAGAUGUGCAGAGGUAUAGACAUGUAUAGACAUGUGGAGGGAUCCGUAUAACGACCAUGAAAACCAU